GCUAGGCGAAGAAGACGAAAACUCCGCCUUACCCUGUCGUCACUUCUGGCCAAGGCCAUAACAACCAUGGAUAUACAUUCAUGAUAUCAGCACAUUUGAUGUAGUGUGGCACACAUAUUUUCAAUCUCAUGCUCUAUAAAGGGACGUAAAAAGGUUAUUUGUGUAAGGGCUGUCUUAUAUCUCGAUAACACCCCACUGAAGCCACUGAGCAGCGUCAUGGAGGAAGAGACACUGGAGACACCAGAGGAGCAGCUGGCCAAGCAGCAGCGCAAGGAAAAGAAAGAUUUGCAAGCUAAAAUCCAGAGCAUGAAAAAUGCUGUCCCCAAAAAUGACAAGAAAAGAAGGAAACAGUUGACGGAGGAGAUUGCAAAACUAGAGGCUGAUCUCAACCAGAAACACGAGGAGGAAAUCAGCCAAGUCACAUCUACAGUGGGCACAAAGGUGGAAGAUUUGUCGAAUGGAGUUGAGGACCUGAAGAUGGAGGAUGGAGAAAAAGAAGAGGUCACACAAUCACGAGUCUCCAAGGCUCAGAAGAGAAGGGACAAGAAGGCUGCCCAGGAGAAGGAGAGAGAGAGCCGGAUAGCAGAGGCUGAGGUGCAUAACUUGCAAGGUGUGAGGCACCAGGAGGGUUUGCUGCUGGCUCAGAAGCUUGCCCAGCAACAGCUUCAAAUCAAGGAGAUCUCCUCUGAUGGUCACUGCAUGUAUCGCGCCAUUGAGGAUCAGUUGGCACAGCGCUCACAGCCCGGGUUAGUUAAAAGUGUGAAAGAACUACGGUCCUGCACUGCUGAGCACAUGAGAAACCAUGCUGAUGACUUCCUGCCUUUCCUCACAAACCCCAACACUGGCGACAUGUACACAACUGAUGAGUUUGAAAAAUACUGCAGUGAGGUACAGCACACAGCAGCCUGGGGAGGACAACUAGAAUUGCGAGCUUUGACUCAAGUGCUUCAUUUGCCAAUCGAAGUGAUCCAGGCAGAUUCCUCCACUAUAAAAAUUGGAGAAGAGUUUGAAAGUGAUCCAAUCACCCUUGUCUAUAUGCGCCAUGCCUAUGGACUAGGAGAGCACUACAAUUCGGUGGAGCGGCUGAAGGACCCGGCCAACACAGAGGACAGCUGAGAGACAGCUCAGUCUGAGUGUGACCUAAACUAGUGUGUGUAAUUCUAAGAGUGUUCUACCCACUCAGACUGAGGGCCCUUGCAUACAAAAGUAUUUAGAAUAAUACCACCCCCCUUUAGUGAAGAAAUGUCUGUGUUCAAAAUGGCUUUAAUAAUGAUACUCUCAUAUUAGAUGUCAAGAUAUCAGUGAGGAGAGUGAAAAUCAUACAUGACAUCCCUGAAAACAACAUCAUUGUGCGAAUGAAAAAAUGUCAUACAAAAGAGCUAAUACUUCCAAUGAUUUCGUUCUUCCUUAGUCUGUCUCAGUGACUCCCAGGGUUCUAUUCAGCCCCAUAUUGGUAAUGGAAGUGUCAAACUUUUAUCCUCUUCAGGACAUUAGGAAUGUAAUCAGAGUCACUAGGGGGUUUGUUGAAAUCUUGCAGCAUUCCUAGAAUGAACUGAAUUGUUGAACCUGUAAAUCAUAUCAGUGUUACAUAAACACAUACAAUACGAA